GCCCUGAUUGAUCCUCUUUCAGCUACAUCCUCGGCGCAAUGAGACUAUCCAGCUUCCUGCCCAGUUCCUCGGGGCUGCGUGGAAUCAUCUGCGGCUUACUUCUUGCUCCGACGGUAUUUGCCGCGCCCUCGGUCAACCCGUCCUUCAUUCUGGACCAGAGCGAGACGGCACUCACCUUCAAGUACUCCACGCCGGCUCCCAACGCCAAGAAUUGGGUCGCGCUUUUCGCCUACUCCAAUGGCCCAGAGUCUGACAAGAAGCGCGGGAAUCCCAUCACAUGGGCGUACGCUGCCAGCGGUCAGGGGUCCGUGCAGCUCUCCGUGCCGGACCUGAAGCCCGGGACCUACACGGCGUAUUUCCUCGCCAAGGAUGGCUACGUCAAGAUUACCGAGCAGAUUGACCUCCGCUUCGAGGGUUUUGGGCCUGUCAAGUUUAUCGUCCAAGACUUCACCACGCACAACGCGCGAGUGGGCGACAAAUUUGAGGCCAGCAUCCGCGGCCUGGUGGGCAUUUCGCCCGAUGCCGAUAACACAUUUCGAUUGGCAUCAUCGGACAAUGGCGACUGGGCUUCCGUGUCGGCUGAUGGCAUCGUUUCUGGUACGCCUAAACGCCAAGGGACCGCGGUCAUAGUCGUUGAGGCUACCGGGAGCGACGGGUCCAAGGCCAAGCUCAGUGUUCGAGUCCCGGUGCGACCAAAGAACUCCCAGCUGGUCGAGAAGCUCACGGUUCUCUCCUUCAACAUGUGGCACGGCGGCGCCCAAGUCAAUGACUACCACAACAAGCAAAUUCGCUUCUUGACGGCAAGUGGCGCAGACAUUGUAGGCGUCCAGGAGAGCCAGCGAGGCAAUGUGCGUCGCCUUGCGUACGCGCUUGGCUGGCACUUUUGGGAGACGCGCGACAUCGGCAUCAUCAGUCGCUAUCCAAUCACCCAGCGGUACCCAGUCACCUCAGCGGCUGGCUCGGUUCGUAUUUCCCUGGAUGGGGCGAAGAGCGAAGUCAUCAUGUGGAACACACAUCUGGGUUAUGACCCGUAUGGCCCUUACGACCUUUGCUUCUCCCACAUGAACCAGGAUCAAGUCCUGCAGCGCGAGGAAAAGUCUGGACGGACGCCCCAGAUGAAGGAGAUUGUGGCCGGCAUGAAACAGGAGCUCGCCAACGCCGACAAGAUCCCGCUGCUGCUGACUGGUGAUUUCAACGCUCCCUCUCAUCUCGAUUGGACAGAUGCUACGCGCAAGGCUCACUGCGACGUUGGAGACUUCCCGUGGCCUUCCUCCGUGCUCCCGAUUGAGGCGGGUCUCCUGGACUCCUACCGCCAGCAACAUCGCUACCCGGAGAAGGAUCCUGGAAUCACAUGGUCCCCGAUCUACAAGGACAAUGCAGGGCGAUCUGAGCCGAUGGACAGAAUAGACUUCAUCUACUACAAGGGUGGUCUACACGUGGAAAGCUCGGAGGUGGUCCUCGUGGGGAAGCCGCAGAAGGAGCCAAACCACAAGAACAACGAGUGGACGUCGGACCACGCUGUAGUGAAGACGGUCUUCAAGAUCACCAAAAAGUAGGUUACUGAUGCAGGGGUCUUGAGACUUGAUGCUCAUAUAGAGUGGAACAAAAAGGAUGAAAGAGUUUGCCUAGGAUAGCAAUGCCCAGC